AAUUUUAAUACAUUGAAUAUCUAUAGCAUUGAAAGGCAUUUCAAUUAAAGGUUAUAAACAAACAAACCAUUAGUUCAUUGAAUUACCCGAUUGUAUGGUCAGUGAUGCUAUCGGUCAGUGCAAGAGGUGGUGUUGGUCUGUCUAAUGCCGUGCGUGCCGUCACUCAAGCGGUCGGUGGCCGUACAAUAGCGCCGACACCAACGCAUCCAUUGUUGAGCCAAUGGGAAGAACGAGAAGAAUCGUUACCAUCGUUGAUACCCUGCGAUUAUCAGGACAUAGCCAUUGAUUUGGCCACUCAACCCCUCCCGAGGCCACAUACGUCAUAUGGAUUAAGUCAAACAAUGUUUAAGCGACAGUUAUCAAUAGGCACCGGUAUCGGAGUCGGGACACAACUUCGUUAUUAUCACAACGAUAUCAAAAUCCCGAGUUUCGAUGACGUCCGCAAAGACAGUACUCGAGACCCAAGUCGUUUGGCCAAAGAGUCGCGCGAUGAGAGACGACUGCCUUUGGAUGUGGUAAAGGUUGGCGUUGGUGUGACCGGUCUGAUCGCUGCCAAGAAGAUUGUCCACACAAUUGUGGCCAAUUUGUCACCCGCAGCGUCCACUCUAGCCAUGGGUGUUAUCGAAGUUGAUUUAAAUAAGAUACCCGAAGGAACUAAUAUUACCAUUAAGUGGAACAAUAAACCUGUUUUUGUGAGACACAGGACUGCCGAAGAAGUAGCUCGAGAGAGAGCUCAAGACAUCGGAGAAUUGAGAGAUCCACAGACUGAUGAAGUCCGGUCAUACGCUCACACAUCAGGCAAAUGGUUAAUAGUUAUGGCCAAUUGUACUCAUUUAGGAUGCGUACCGAUUGCCAAUCAGGGCAAUUGGGGCGGCUAUUACUGUCCAUGUCAUGGCAGUCACUACGAUGCAUCUGGACGUAUACGUAAAGGACCCGCACCUCUCAAUCUUGAGGUACCCGACCAUCAUAUUGUUGAAGAGGAAAACAAAUUAGUUUUAGGCAUUAAAGCUCCCGCUUAGAGACAAAUCACUGUUAGAGGAUUGCUUCUGUAGUUUAAAUAUUUAAGUGAAUUAUUAUUAAUAAAUUUAAUUUGUUU